UGAAGCAAAGUAGGGAAGUUUAGGCCACAAAAGAUGUCUGAAAGACACCGAUUUCUGCUAGUUUUCAUGAUAUUUUUAGUUCGUUUCAACUCGAGCAUCUGCCAAGUGUGUUCGGAUGAGAAGGAAAACUCUGAUUUUUGUUACACGUACUUUCGGCCUUCCGAACCCUACCUUUCGUUGAACUGGAACGAUGCAAAUGAUGAAUGCAAAAAAAUGGGCGCCCAACUUCUCCGUAUUGACGGAGAUGAUGUUAACGAUUUUAUCGAUUCAACAUUCAGAGGGAAUGGUAAAUUGUGGAUUGGUUUGAAGAGAUGUGGUGGUAGCUCGUGGUGUUAUCCUGAUAAUUACCCAGCAACUUAUAGGAAUUGGGACCAAGACGAACCAAAUAAUUUGGGAGGAAGUGAAGACUGUGUUGAAAUGCAAAAAGAUGGAAAGUGGAAUGAUGUGACAUGUUCUAAUAGGCUUCCCUUCGUAUGUCAAAAACGAAUGUUAACAAAAUCGAAAAUCAUGGCUGAGAUUGGGAAACUAAACAAUCUGGUGAACGAACUUUAUAAUAAGAAUAUAUCAGAUGAAGUACGGAGAGAAGGUGCACAAGAUAUUAUAAAGAAUCUGACAGAGCUCACAGACCUUGAUAAAGUUGUGGGAGCAGAAAACGGCGCUGACAAACAAAUUCUUAGUGACACGGUUAAAAUACUUCAAAAGAUCGUAAACUUAAAUAUUUCUGAUGGCAGCCUUAAAGUAUUAGAACCUGCUAGCAAUAUAUUGGAUGAGAGAAAUGAUAAAUCAUGGAAAAAUAUUUCGGAUAGAAAUGUCAUUCCAGAUCUUGUAACAACGUUAGAAAAUUACGGACUCCAAUAUGGAGAAGAAAUAAGAAACAACACGAAUGGUUCCAUUAGUCAAAACGCUUCAAACGUGCAGUUACGAGUCAGAUACAUGGAAAACACAGGCAAAUUGUCGCUUGAGGACAGACGUUCAAAUUUCCCCAAUGCAUCCUUCAUCAUCUCGCCUGAUGCAAUCCCUAAAGAAUCUGGCAGUCUUGCUGUGGUCGUUUGGUACAAUACAUUAAAUUUCCUUCUUGGACAGAAUUUUUACACCAGCAAUGAUUAUGCGAUAGUAAACAGUACGAUAAUCACUGCAAGUGUCCGACCUCAGUCAAAGAUGUUAAAGUUUACCCAGCCUGUGCAGAUCAUUUGGGACACAAAUGGAAAGAAUGACGAUGGAAAAUGCGCAUACUGGAUACCAGAGUCACGUGAAAAUAGAUGGAAGACAGAUGGUUGUAUUAGAGUCGAAGACCAGUCAGGCAGAAAUCGCUCGAUAUGUAAAUGUAACCACCUCACAGCAUUUGCUACAAUAGACAUUUCAAGAAAUUUGCUAAGCAAAGCUGAGAGAAAGGCUUUGGAGGUAAUAUCUACCAUAGGCUGUUCAAUAUCAUUGGUUGGAGUGUUACUAACCAUAGCAACAUACGCUUUACUCUGGAAGAGUCUUCAUAAGAAAGUCAAGACCAAUAUUCCAUCCCAGGUCCUCUUAAACCUCUGUGUUGCGAUUGGAUUGACGGAUAUAUUUGCUAUCAUAGCUGGACCAGCGCAGGAAAAUGAGACAUUUUGCAUAGUUAUCUCCAUACUACUUUAUUUCUUCAUACUCGCUAUUUUUGGCUGGAUGUUUUGCGAAGGAAUCAUCAUUUAUUUACAACUCGUAAACGUGUACUCGGGCUUGGCUUUGGGAGGUAAACACCUGAAAGCGUUCUACGUGAUUGGUUGGGGAGUUCCGGUUGUCCUUGUCCCUAUAUUAGUCGGUGCAAAUGAUCGAAAAGAUUUUAUAACCGAUCGUGCCUGCUGGUGCCGUGGUGAUGGUGCGUUGUUUUGGACAUUUGUCUGUACAAUAAUCGUGGUCUUACUGAUCAACUUGGUUAUUUUCGUUUUGGCGUUAAGAAAUGCUUUAUCCUCCGGCCAAAUAAGAACCGCUCAUUCAGAAGCUGACACAAAGCUGAGAAAAGCAAAAAUUGGCGUCAAAGGUUCAGCCAUCCUUCUUCCAAUACUUGGACUAACCUGGGUGUUUGCUUUGUUGGUGUUCAAUCGUGAUGCAAUUUUCUUUAAAUAUCUUUUCGCGAUAUUUAACUCUCUCCAAGGCCUAAUGAUAUUCGUUUUUCACGUGCUGAUAAAUAAAAAGAUUCAUGACGCAAUUAGCAGUGUAAAGAAAGCCAGAAAUGCAAGAGACACCAAUGCCAAUGUCGCUUUAACUGUUGCAACAACUGAAACCAGCCCUACCAAAUCAAAAAUUCCAACAGUUUCUGUUUUCGUGGAACAGGACAACAAAUCACUGGAUGGCGAAAAGUUUAUUCUCACUCCUUUAAAAUCUUAGUCAGUGGAAACAAUUUAUUACUCGAUGCACAUUUUAUAUAGUUAUGUUGAUGUUUUAAUAUGUAUGUUUCAUAUAACCUAAUUCGCACCCUGCGCGCACAGGAAGGUCUAAAUAGCGACAAGCACAAACGAUUGAUCUUCAUGAAUAUUCAGUGUUGUGAUUUUUUAUGCACCCAGUAGUAAAAGAUUUUCUCUAAGCAAGACUAAACGUUAAUUUUACAAUUUAACCAGUUAUAACAAACCCUAUUUGAAUGUUUACAUUUGUCGAUCGGCCAGGCUAGCUGUGUAAAAAUUGUUUUUCAAAGUGGUUUAACAAACUUUAUAGGCAAUGAGCAGUAUAGCUAUAAACCAAAGUUACAGCCUAGGCGAUAAUAAUUUCUCGAAGCAAUGAAACAUUUAGCCUUGAUAUUGGGUCACUGCAUUCCCAAUCAUGCCAUGGUGUAUAAAAAGAGAAGAAAAUAAUAAUAUUGAGAGUGAAUUUCCGAAAGCCCUUUUCGCCUUCUCGAGUAUUUACAUUAACUUAAAGAUAGGUUAGCUACGUUAAUGAGUGUCAAGUUUAUUGUAUAACUAAAAAAAAGUUAAUAAUUUUAUACAGUGGAAUGAAACGUGACACGUUUUAAAACUAAAUCUGAAAAGCUGCGUUGUAUUUUAAAGUACAGCUGUACCAACUCUCAGUCUCUCAGAAGAACAAUUAAGUAAUUUUCGAACCAAUAACCGCCGGUUUUCCUGCAACACAAUUAUGUCGAGUCCUUUGUGGUUUUAGUGCGUUUAAGAUUUUAUUGCAUAGAAAUCCAUUAGUCUACGAAGAAGCUGUGCAAGAAAGCCCUAUCACAAAGCACAAAAAAUGCGUUUGGAAAGAUGCGUCUGCCAAGGUAGGAUGUUAGUCAGCUGUUAAAAUAAACAAAUAUGUUUGAUAUAGUACGCGCUAGAUUUGACAUAAGAAUGGCAAUAAAGAUGCAAUACAUUAUGGCGUGAUAACAAAUAAACAGAGAACAUUUGACGUUUUUCUUCAUUUCGAAACUAGUACAAGCUAUAUCUUGAAGUUAAGGAGAUGUUUAUAGACACAUAGACAGCAAAAUAUUGUUAGCUGUUUCUUCAAAAUAAAUGUCACGUGUGGACGGUGAUCUGCAAUACUUUAAUAUAGAAUUUACGAUAUUUGUAAACAUAUU